CUCCUCCACCUUAAUUUUUCAAUUGGAUUGGAUCUGUCGUCACCCCCACCUGAAUUUUUGGCCUCUCUCUUUCUCUCUUUCUCUUUUGUCGGGGUUGAUCUCUUCUUCCAUGGCGAUCCCUUCCGAGACACAACAGCAGGACAAGGAGGCUUCAGAUGCUUCACAAAAGAGAUGGACUUUAAGCGAUUUCGACAUCGGGAAGCCUCUUGGAAGAGGAAAAUUUGGUCACGUCUAUCUCGCCAGAGAAAAACGGAGCAAUCACAUUGUCGCUCUGAAGGUUCUUUUCAAGAGCCAGCUUCAACAAUCUCAAGUUGAACAUCAGCUCAGAAGAGAAGUCGAGAUUCAGUCUCAUCUUCGACACCCCAAUAUACUCCGGCUCUACGGUUAUUUCUAUGAUCAAAAAAGAGUUUAUUUGAUACUUGAGUAUGCUGCCAGAGGUGAACUUUACAAAGAACUUCAGAAAUGCAAAUACUUCAGUGAAAGACGAGCCGCAACUUAUGUUGCGUCAUUGGCGAGGGCUCUCAUCUAUUGCCAUGGCAAGCAUGUGAUACACAGAGAUAUUAAACCAGAAAACCUGUUGAUUGGUGCUCAGGGUGAGCUCAAGAUUGCAGACUUUGGUUGGUCAGUACACACAUUUAACCGCAGAAGGACAAUGUGCGGCACACUAGAUUACCUUCCUCCUGAGAUGGUCGAAAGCGUAGAACAUGAUGCUAGUGUAGAUAUCUGGAGCCUUGGGAUUCUCUGUUACGAGUUUCUUUAUGGUGUGCCUCCUUUCGAAGCCAUGGAGCACUCAGACACAUACAGAAGGAUUGUGCAAGUGGAUCUCAAGUUCCCUCCCAAACCAAUUGUCUCUGGAUCUGCAAAGGAUCUAAUUAGCCAGAUGCUUGUCAAGGAGUCUUCACAACGUCUGCCAUUGCACAAACUUCUGGAGCAUCCGUGGAUUGUGCAAAACGCUGAUCCUUCUGGAAUCUACAGAGGUUAAAAACAAAACGUUUUCAGUUCUUGGCAAUCUCUCGAGCCAAACUGUUAUCUAUAAAGACAAGAACACCACUGUGUAGGUGUAUGAAUCUUCUUAUUACUAUUAUUUUGCUAGUUCAUGUUUCGAAUAAUGUGUAUCCUAAGAAAAAUUGAGUAUCUAUAAUUCUGUAUUACAUAA